AUGCCGGAAGUUGGGCUCGACCGUGGAUUUCUGCACCGCUGCUGUGUGCAGGUGUCGUCUGCGCUCACCGACGAUGCCGCCGUGGCAGCGGAGACGCAGCACACUAUGCGCUUUGUCCGCGAUCAUGCCCGCGAGUACCCUGGCGAGAUAACACGGGCGUUGGUGUGGCGCAUCGUGGACACCGACGACGACGAAGUGGAGGACCGUUUAGGGGCGUGGAGCGUGCUCCAUGCUGUGCUCGCGGAGUGUGCGGACAGCAAGCAGCCGCUGUCGUGCACUGCGGUGGCGGAGAAAAUCAAUCUCUUUCUUCCAUACCUCAUCUCUUACCGCUGGUACUCCAUGCACAACGCCUCGCUGGAGGCCGGCACGCGUGGCAAGUCGGCGUCGGCGCUGCUGAGCGAGUACGGCAAGGUGGUGCCAGCCUCUGUGCUCACCGGUGACGACUCGCGCCUCGCGGACGCGCCCAAGGAGCGUGAGAUACAGUCCAAGUACCGCGGUUUCCUCACCACGUGGAAGGUCGUCUGGCGGCACGAUGUGUACCAACGCCUCAAGGACGCGGUGCGACAGACGGAGCGCGGCGGCAACAGCCUCGCACCGAGAGAGCGGCCGUAUCUCGAGAUUCCUGCGACGUUCCGCGAUAGUCUGCGUCGCCUGCGCCGCAAGAAUCCGCGUCCAUCCAUAGCAUUCCAUGUUCUCAGCUGCUACGGGUGGGUGCCGCCUACUGGCGAGGAUGCGGCGGCGGUGACCCUCAACAACGAAGGGCAGCGCAGUAGCAACAAUGACCACACCAAACGCUGCCCAGCGGUGCCAACGAGCAUGGCGGAAAUUGACGCGCUCGACCCCGCUGCCCACCCGCGUGUGCGUCAAUGGCUGCGCAAGUUGGUGGAAUCGCACGGGGGCUGCCGGCUGUGUGAUGUGUGGCAACACACCGAGGCGCGGUGCCCCUGCGAGCUGCCGUUUAUCAAGGUUCCAGUUGUAGGGGGCGAUGUAUUCCACAGUCAAUACCGGCGGCGGCGGACAGAGCGGGUGUCAAUGACGUAUAUAGAGGCGGUUGAAAAGCUAUUCCGCUACGGCAUUCGACUUCCCCUCUCCCUCGAAAAGGCGCUCGACCGCAUCGUCGCCCUCAUCACGGAAGAGUCGCCGUAUGAUGAGCUCCUGGAGGCUUUUGACACCGUGCGGGGUGCUGUAACUGGCCCACUCGAGCGGCACGCAUUGUGGCUGCAUGCAAGUUACAUGUUAAUGCCGUCGCGAACCGUCUUUGGCAAGCCGAGCGACGACGCCCUCAGCCCCGCAAUGGAAAAGGCAGAAAAGCACUUCAUUUCCAGCCGUCGCUUCCGCGAGUGGGACCAGCUGCUGCAAAGCGUGGAGGUACUCGAUAGCCAGUACCGCCGCGCCGAGUUGUCACCGGCGCUGCGUCGCAAUGUGGAGGAGGUACGGGAGACGAAGUCCUUCUUCUUCUGUCUCAUUGACGGGUCCAUGACGGCGGAGUACAACCCUGCGGCGUAUGCCCGUGCGCCGGAGGACGUACUGCAGCUGCGUCCUGUUAAGGACGUGCUGUGCCCAAUCUGCCUCGAGCCAUUCCACGUGACUUCUCGCUGCCCAAAAGGGACAACCGAGCCGUGGGAUUUAUCCGUCGCACGUCUCGUGUUGGAAGAGCACAACCUUCUUAGUUUCAAAUACCCGGAGGAACGCUAUGUCCUCGACAACGCGCUGCGUUCCAUUGAUGAGGACGACCGCAAAGCAAAAGAGUUCCGAAAGAAUGAACUCUGCCUGGCGGUGAAGCUCGUGCACGAUGGGCGCGUUCUGUACUGCAGGUUGUGCAACGUGAUGGGCCACGGUGCCCGCCGAUGCGAAGAAAGCGCGCGUCGCACACUGCACCGCCACCACAUCAAGGAGGUGGACAUGCGCCUUAAUCCGCAUGUUGUGCAGCGCUGCAUCAAGCAGCUCCGCAGCGAGAAUAACGAGCGGGAGGAGCGGCUGCUCACAGACGCGUGGGAGCUGCUCGGUAAAGGGCACACUUACCCUGAAAACUUCUACACCGCCAUUCGCGAGCUCGAGGACGCCCGCAUUCCGCUGGCGGCGGCACGCUACAGUACCGAUGCAGUGCAAGGAUUUCUGCUGUUUAUUAAAUCUAAUGAUCUUCUGCAGCACCUCCAACCGUUACGCGAUGAGCGGUUUCCGGAUGUUUGCCUCUUUUGUGACUCCUACUAUCACGGCUCUGAGGUUUGCGAAAGCGCCCACGCGGAAGAACGCGGGUUCCUCACUGAACUGCGGCGCUACGGACUGACGCUGUGGCAAUACCUGCUUGCCCCGGCGCGGUACAAUGAACGCUUCCCGACGGACUACACCAAAGGUCGUGAGACGGUAGUGGGACUUGCGCGGCAGUUCGAGGAGGACUACAGCCCUGGUGGUGUAGCGCGUGUGCGGUUCCUUGAGAACAAUGGCCUCGAUGGCGCUGAAGAGGGUGCUGCAGCAGCAGCUGGAAGAACUGUUUCGCGAGGAAGUUCACAGCACUCCUUCUACGGUGGGUCAUCGUACGGCAUGUCCUUCUCGCAGCUGGUCCUGCGCCCUUCUGAUGGCCACGAUGUGGGGGAGAGGAACGAUGCGGCUUCUGUUGGUUCGGCCCUCAACAACAGCACCCACGCUGUGUUGGGAACAGCGGGGUCGUACGACUGGACGCUCAACGGCGGCAGCGGCAACAACGACCCGACGGCAGCGGUGGUGCAUGUUGGGACUGGCGGCAAGCGCGGCCGCGACGACAACGGCGACGCGGAGGAUAUCGAAUCCCCCGCCAAGUCGCUGAGUGGGGAGGACGAAGGCGAUGAUGGUGGCGACGACAAGACCCGCUUUUCGGCGCAGCGCACUCGCGUGGAGGUUCCGUCGGCGGAGGAGGCGUAA